AUGUGCAACGCCGCCACGCCGCGGGCUACAUUGCGUGCCGGGCUAGCUGCCAUAGGCUUGAAACCUCGCCCCAAUGCCAUCCAUACAUCGUCCAGUCUCCGGUCAACUUCGCCUGCCGAGUCUCCUGUCGCAGCAACGCCGCACCGCACCGUGCCGUGCCUCGUCUUAUUCAGUCCACAAGGCCCCCGUCCGCUGGAGGGGCUCAAGACGGUCACCCUGGAGCGUCCCGGCAACGUUGCUGCGGCUGUACCCCGCGGAGGAUAUCUGCGAGCUCGCGGAGCGUCCCUCAACCGACAAUCCGCAGGCGGCCCUCCUUCUCUAUCUGCAUCUGCAGCGGUAGCAUCCAGUAGGGCAGCCAGGCAGCGCAAUGCGAAGCACGCAGCAGUGUCCGCCGCUGCGCGAGCGUCCCACCAGUCUUCUAGCGGGAUUCGCUGCGUCUACGACCGUGACACACGCUCGCAGUUGUUGCACAUUAUUCCGGGCACGGAGGUUGACUUUUCCUCGUGCAUGCGACUGCCGGCGCUCGCCGCGACACCCACACCAGCGUCGGGGAUGGUUGCCACGCCUCUGCUGUUCGCGGCCACUGCCGUGCACACCAUUGUGGUGGUGCAGUUUUGCGUAGCAGCUCCUACCCUGUCAACCGCUGCGCGACAUCAGGCGGGUGCAUCGCGGCCGCAGCUGCCGGGGUCACCGAUCCCGCCACCCGGCAGCUUUUACAUUGAGCUCGUCCUCCGCACCGGCACUUCCUCCGAUAGUACUCGAGGAAGGGGCAGCACCAACGGUGGGGGCAGUAGCAGCAGCAGUGGUGGGUACCGGCUGCGCUUCACCAACACCGGGCACGCCGUACAGCGACAUACUCACCACACGAAGAUACCCCUGCAAUGUGUGCGCACGGCGCAGUGGGUGCAGCUCUUCGUGGACCUCGAGGCGCUUCUGCAGUCUUGCAAGGCAGCCGGCGCCGUGGUGGCAGGCGGGACGCAUUGUCGAUUGCAGCAGCUGCGUAUCGGCUCGGGCGGCAGCGCUGCUAGCACAGGUGGAGUUUACGUGCGCCGCAUCAUCGCCGGCCACGGGCUCCCACUUCCUCACCCCGCCAUGGACCAUCUCGUCACUGCGGAUGGGGUACCAGGUACGAUGCCUCUCAUGCCCACGCCGAUCGGGGGCGCGCAGGAGAUCGUCAGGGACGCCGAUCGAGAGGGGCACAGCGAUCGCAGAGGCUCCGGAACACUGCAGCAGCGCAGCAGCGGCAGCGGCAGUUGCUGGGUUCCACCGGAGGCUCUGCGUCUUCCAGCCGAGGCGGGGGAGAGCCUCUGCGUGUUUGUGCGAACGGGAGACGAGCAUGUCCUGAGCGAGGUGCCUGCCUUGCUGACCCCCGCGGAAGAACCGUCACGAGAGGGCGAGGCGCAUACGAGAGACAGCGACAACAGCGUCGAGGCGACGCAGGUGCGGUGGAAGGCGAACAACUGUGCCAGUGACGUUGGCAGAGGCGCUGUAGAGUGGGCUAGGGACGCGACACAGGACACCGCAAGGCGGCGGGCAGCACAGGCAGUCACAGCAGCCGCCAGCAAGCCCCUUACCUUACCGUUGUCUGCCACUCUACCGCCGCACCAGUUACCGCGCCGUCAGCCGAAGCCCGAUCAGCAACAGAGCCCCGCCUUGUUGAAUUCGUACCGACACCAACCUGAGAGCGAGACCGCAGCAGCACGCGUAUGCAAGAGGCAGCCGGAACCGUCGAAGGUGCUGCACCACACAGCCCUAGAGCUGUUAAGAAUGCGUGAUCAGCAGCAGUCACAGCCUCAGCCUGCACAUCAGUUCACCGGCUCGGGAGCGGCAGCGCACGCGCAGACUUCAGCUGCCCCUCUGUCGCCUUUUUUUCCAUCCUCCACCUCUCCCUGGUCUUCUCCGGUUGACGCGGCGUCUCUCUCGGCCUCCGACGACGCGGAAAUGUUCGUUGUCCGCGAGGUGUCGGCCGCCGAGCAGCUCGCACCCGCCACACCGCCGCAGUACCCAGCGAAUCAGCUCAUGACGGGGAAGCCUCCUCUGCGUUGCACACCGUCGCAGCCACCGGUUGCCAACAAGGCAACGCAUCACGCGCUUAAUGCAGGACACACGGGUGAGUGGGUGGUGCAGCAAGUGGGAGAGGAUGUCGUGAUAGAGGACGCAGGCCAGGAGGGCUUCUCGGCACCCGCAACCGUGGGAGCGACUGGCCUUCUCUUUUCUACGACUAGCAGCGCCACGACAACUACCGCCACAACCUCAGAAACUUCAGUCUUAUCCGUUGUGUCCUACUCCUCUGCUGUGGAGUUGAUGGAUGCGAUGAGCGAGCGGGUGCGUCGCAUCCAAAUGGUGCUGACGGGUGUAGAAGAGGAGGCGGCCGCUGCUGCCUCCAUCUUUGCCCAGCCGCUCGGCAGGCGUCCACCGUCGCGCCACGUGACGCCACCGCCUGCGGAGCAAGGUGCUCGACCGGCCGUCAGCACUGUGACACCGACAGUGCCGCCACUUUUGGCACCACCGCCACCACUCACAGGCGCUGCUGCAACCCAUUCAUCCCCGCCGCCUCCGCCUGCUCCUGGCCCAACGGCUCCUGCUGAGCUCAUGGAGGCAGUCCUGGGUGGCACGCCGCGCGAUGCGGUGGCCGCCACAGCGGCCGUACCCAGCCUGCCGCCAGCGUCACCAGCGGCUGCGAUGGCGACGCAAACAUGCGACAGUAUUGCGCGUGUCGCAGUCGCAGAGUGUGCGGCGACAACAUCAGCUGCCCCGAACGACGCGAAUGCUAUUCUCGAGCUGUGGAGCUCGGCAGAGAGGCCGCUCUCCUUGCCAGCUUCAUACCAGCGACCAGCGACUGCCGCUGCGAAACGUACCCCACUGGCGGAGCGGCUGCGUGCGCACCAGGCGUCUCUCUCCUCGUCUUCCUCGGCCGCUUCAUUUUCCCUCGUCGACGGUGGUGACAACGAUGGCGUCGGUGACGCUCCUUCAGCCGCGAUACCUCCGCCGACAAGCGCUGCCACCUCCUGGACGUUCCACUCGGUCUCCCUGACUCUGCAGACACCUUCAAUGCUGAGGAUACCCGCCACUUCCGGGGCUGUAGGCGAGGCGCUGCCACGUGCUGGCGGUGCUUCCUCAAGCUACACGGCUGGUGCGGAGAAGGGUGAGGGGGCUCCACUGCUGCGGCAGGCGCCGCGGCCUUUGAGCGAAUCACAAACCCCAGCUGCAGAGGUAGUGGCGGCUGUGAUGCCACAGUCAAAGUCAUCAUCUGGCCAAGUUACAAAGGCAGUUGUGUGGCGCCGUCCCGUCCCCGUGCCUGGCCAUUCCCCGUCCGUCGGCGACGCUACUCAGCGCGCGUUGCAGGAUGAGGUUCGACUCACGGGCACCCCACUGCCGGGGCGGAUACGUGCUGCUGGAGCAGAAAGCGGUGGUGCAGGACGCCUAGCGACCUGGUCCGCCAGGCAGAACACCGGUCCCACCUCCUCGGGUAUGCACACCCCCCUCUCGGCCGCCGUCGCUAGUAAAUUGGGCGUUGCACCACAACAGGAGAGCCGUCAGGGCUUCAUCGAGGGGGCAGAGCUCUGCGUAGGUGCGCAGGCUCUUCCCCCGCCUCCGAGCGGCCGCAGCUUCAGUACUGUCAGCAGCUUUCAAAUGUGGCUGCCGUCCUCCUCAAUGCCCACGCUGUCAGCGAGUCGUGGCCGUUACCCCUCCACGAUCACACCGUUCAGCGGCGGUGGUGAUCGACACUGCGAUCCUUUCUCUGACUCCUCCUCCGGCGCCGGCGGUGGUCCGCGACCGCCUCGGCUCGGCAUCGCAGCUGCAUACCCCUCUGCGCAUCCACCUAUGCCACAUCCGUCCGUCGUGCGCAUGCCCCAGUCCGCCGCUGCAGCGACAUUACCGACUUGCAAUGCCGGGGCAGCGGUGGGGCCAUCGCCACUCGCUCAGCAGCAGACGCUCGGCUUUCCCGCAGCCGCUUGGACUGGUGACCCACCGCAGCAUGCACCCGUUUCUCAUCAUGAAGCUCCUCAAAACGACGUGCCGCUCUCCGCAAAGCUCGGCAACAGGGAGGGUCGGUACAUGUACGACGGCGUACUGCAGUGCUACCUGGAUCUGGAGACGAACGCUUACGUGGACAAGACGUAA